CUUCUUACUUCCCCCAAGAAAAUACAAAUGUUGAGUUUUUAAAUCCCAUAAUUAACCAAGAUAAAAAUUUCGAACCUCAAGAAAAUCAAGAUAGUGACUCAUCAAUAAGCUCCCAAACAGAUGAAUGUUCAAUACUUGAUGAAUCUUCUCGAAUCUUGGCAUUUCUUGAUCCACAAGUCAAAAUGUCUGCGUUCAGAACUGAUGAUGAAAAAAAUCAAGUAAUUAAUUUAGUUUUAGGAUUAAGGAAAUAUUUACCUGAAACAUCAUAG